AUGAAUCGAUUAUUCGGAACAAAGAACACGACACCAAAGCCGACGCUUGAAGGUGCCAUUUCAAACGUAGACAACCGCAUCUCCAGCCUCGAUGUAAAACUCGCCGCCCUAAACUCCGAACUCUCAACCUACCAAGCCAAAAUCUCCAAGAUGCGCGACGGCCCAGGCAAAAAUGCUCUCCGCCAAAAAGCCCUCAAAGUUCUCCAACGCCGCAAACAAUACGAAGCGCAGCGCGACCAACUCUCGCAGCAGUCCUGGAAUAUGGAGCAGGCGGGGAUGAUGCAGGAUAAUUUGAAGAAUACGAUGACGACGGUGGAUGCAAUGAAGACGACGACUAAGACGCUAAAGAAGCAGUAUGGUAAGGUGGAUAUUGAUCAGAUUGAACGGUUGCAGGAUGAGAUGGCGGACUUGAUGGAUGUGGGGAAUGAGAUUCAGGAGAGUCUCUCGAGGGCGUAUGAUGUGCCUGAGGAUGUGGAUGAGGCGGAUUUGGAUGCGGAAUUGGAAGCAUUAGGGGAGGAGACGAUGUUUGAGAGCUCGAUGGGGGAGAGUGCGAUGCCUGGCUUUUUGCAGGAUGAGGUCGCGCCGCCGCAGUUUGUUGAUGAGCCGCCGGAGGAGGCUAAGGUGAAGGAGCCUGCUGGCGGGGCAGCAUGA